ACCCUUGUUAUUGUGUGUCCGUUCCUUGGUGCAGAGGGACAGACAGGCGACAGCAGCAGACGCGGGCAGUAAACAAGCAGACGACGCCCACCAUGACGCUGGCCCUCUGCUGCUCCUGACCCCGUGACUUCCCUCACCUCACCUCCACAACACAGUCCAGUUUUCAACGCUCCCUCAAGUGAACCCCUGCAGUGGCCAGUGUUGUCCCUCCCUCUGACAUACUGGAGACCAUGGAGGGGUACAUUAGGCCCCUCCAUUCAUGAGGCUACAGUGGGAGGCCAUGUGGAGGCCAGGGUCACCCCUCACCAUGGCCACAUUAUGACCACACAGAUACUGCAACCCAUACCGUCACUUGUGUUUACAGUGUUGAUAAACCGUCCAGUUUGCCGCCUUAGUGCCAGAGCCCAGCAUGCCAUGGCGCAGCGCAACCGCCGUCAGAUAUAUGAAACAGCCUUUGACAGUAAGCCGGCCGCAUGCUACCGGCAGGUGGAGAGGAAGGGGGAGGAGGGGGGGGACCUGAUAGACCGGAUUGCCAACCACCCCAUCCUGCAACUGCUGAGCUUCCGCCGCCGGACCUCCCGCUCCUCUGCCACUCCUGCACACCCCCCGCCCACCUCCUCCGUCCUCCCCUCCACCUCUACUGACCCAAAGUUCCAGGUGGGGGUGUUCACACCCAAGGGUGGCCGGCGGGAACGUGGGCGGGGCCGGGGAGGUGUGGCACCCCGUCCCGCCCGCAGUGUGUCCACUCAUCACAUCACAGAACGCCAUGUACGUCCCAUUGCCCUCUCCAAGAGUGACGAUGAAAUCUUGACACGAGGCUCAGAUUCCUUGGAGGAAGAGGAUCGGGUAGAGGAUUAUGUAGAAGGACAAACUGCCCAGGAGCUGUCAGCAGCCCUUCAUCCAAACAGCAUGGUUGGGGAUGAUUACUUUACUCACACUGAGAAGAAGACACCUCGCAAGAAAAAGUCCCGGUCUCGGGAAAAACCAGAACUGAGCAAGUCACAAGCCAUUCCUGCCCGGCCCCCACCCCGCCCUGUCCACCUCAGGAGCCCUCCAGGAACAGCACCACUACCCUUAAAGUUUAGUAAAAAGCCAAGUGGGAAUGACAAAAGUCCUUCCAGCUGGUUCAGUCCACCCCGUCAGAAGGAUCUCAGUCUGCCUAUUAAGAAGAGUCUUAGCAAGGAGCUGACAGGCCUUGGCACUGCUGCUCCACCCAGCCAAAGCCGUGCUAGCCUCAAUGCUUCCAUGGAGGUACUCCUUGAUGCCUCUUCCCAGCGAGAGCUAAAGGGUUGCCUACUGCCUCCACCUGGUCGCCAGUUUUGUAGUGUGGAGAGUGUGGUAUCCAGCUUGGAGAGUUUGCGUAGUUCUGCCAGUGAAGGAUCCUCUGCACCCAGCAGCUACAAAAGCUCAUUGGGAAGCGACUCCUCCUUGCUGUCCCGGCCUGCCCUCAAUCUCUCUGCCCCUCACCGUUCCUUAAUACAAUCAGCAAAGUUCCAGAUCCUUUCUCCAAUAUCUGAUAAGUCACAGGAACCCUCCUCAGAAACUGGAGGAGGCUCCCAAAAGGCUUCCCCUCAAGACCUGGUUGACAUGCGGCUCAGAGCACCCCCUCUGCGUCCUGCUCUCCGCCCUCACUUGCGUCAUGACUUUAGGAACUGCCAUCAUCCACUGCCUGGUCCAGGUGGGGAGGGAGAUGUACAAGGCUCAGACAGUGGCAUUAGUAUAGAGUAUGGACACCACCAUCGGGGGGGCGGUGGGCCUGAAGUACCAUAUGGAGAUCUGCCAUUUGACAUGCCCAAACUACGACGACGGCUGGCAGCAGCAGCAGCUCGAGGAGGUGGUGGCAAGACCUCCCUCUCCUCCAGCACUUCUUCUCUUUCCUCUGGGGCGAACAGUGAGGCUCCUCACAUGCCUCCAUCCCGCAUCACCCAUCCCUCCAUAUCUAGACUGCAGGUCAGUGAAGGUCUCAGUGGCACCUCCUCCUCCACAUCUAGUGACUGGGAUAGUCGCUCCCGCUCCUCAGCAGAUUCCAGUGAUGAGCAGGGCACACCUAAACUUCGUCGAGAGGGCAGUUUAGGUAGGAAUCAGAAAGAGGGUCUGGCACUGGAUCUGGGUUGUGCUGCCCUUGCUAUCAAGGGUCAGAAAGUGGACGUGAAACUGCCUCUACUUAAACAAGGGUGGUACCAUGGGGCACUAAGUCGCACAGAAGCAGAAGCCACCUUGAGACAUUGUGCUGAGGGUAGCUACUUGGUCCGCUCCCUCCAUUUGGCUCGCCACCAGUACUCCUUAGCCCUCAAGUCUGCCAGAGGCUUCAUGCACCUCAAGAUCCAGUUUGACCACAAGACCGGCCAACACAUGCUGGGGCGUGGCACAGCCCAGUUCCCUUCCGUGCCACUCAUGGUGCAGCACUACAGCAUCUUCCGCCUGCCCAUCAAGGGGGCGGAACACAUGGUGCUGCUCUACCCGGUGAUGCACGAGACUCUUUAGUGUGUGUGUGUGUGUGUGUGUGUGUGUGUGUGUGUGUGUGUGUGUGUGUGUGUGUGUGUGUGUGCAAACAUGCACAAAAGUGUGCAAAUACCAUACCAAAGAUUAGUUGACUGACACAAGUACAUUCAUCACCUCAUCAGUGUGACAUUAGUGCUGCUGUGGUCCAGGUCAUGAGUUGCAGAGGCUUAGUGGUGCCUGAGGUUCAUGGUACUUAUGAGGGGCACUCAAAUGUGCAGAGUUUCCUGGUAGUUGUCAGGGUCAUGCUACAGUAUCAGUGCAGAUAAUGCUAUCUCUUUAGAGGACAACGAUACAUUUGCUCUGGUCCUCCUGGUACCUCUGAGAGGGUUGUGGUUCAAUCUUGGAGCUUCAAGGUACCAAAAAUCAGGGUCAUGGUGCCAUAUUUUAGGUGGCUUGUCACACCAUAAGCUCAUCAUGUCAUAUUUACUAAGGUAUUGUGCCAAGAUCCAUGGAUUGUGGUGUCUUAGAUGUUGCUGCACCAUGUUCAUGGAUUAUGGAGGUGUGUGGUGCUGCUUUUCAGUGCCCUGCUUCAAGGCUUCCUUGCUCUCGUAUCAGGUCAGUGGGAUACUUAAUUUGUGUAUAUUUAUGUAAAGUGAUUGGUUUUAAGGGGUAGCUAAUCUAAGAGUGAAUAAAAUAGAAAAAAAAAAUAAUGAUCACAUGUAUUAUAUUGCAAGACAGUGAUGCAAAAUUUUUAAGUAUUGCAGAAACAUAUGUACUUCCAAGGUUAAAAACUGUGCCAAAUGAAGCAAUUUUCUCAAACUUUGGAUCAUACCAUAAAAAUAAAUUGUACAGUAGAAGUGCCAAAGCAAAGCUGUUAGGCUAAAUGGUGCCAAACUUGAGCAGUCAAAACAAAGAGCAAAAUAGUGUCACAUGAAUGUAUACCUUAGAAAGCAUUCCAUAAAAUGUGAUCCUGUACAGGUAGAAUCAGUGCCAAAUAUGAGGUAGCUCAAGAAGGAGAACUAAGAGAAUGGUGUCAAGUUCAAGGAAGUCUUCAUAAAGAGGAACAAUGUGAAUUGCAACACGGAAUAAACAGUACUAGGUGGACUGGCAGACUAGAGAAAAUGAACACUCCACAAUGAACAAUACAUGAUCAAGAGUGUAAAAUAUUUCGGUCCUAAUUAUUUGUAUGUAUGAAAUAAGGACUUUCCACCUUCAGUACUUCAUUAUAUUUUACAAUUUCAUAAUCAGAUUUCAGUUAUUUUAAAAUUUAUACUGCUAUUCUCACACCACACUGUUAGAACCUGAUGUCAGAUUAUGAAUAAUGUUGCAAAGUACUGAAUGAACCAUCCAAGGUUAACCUUGAGCUUCCAAUACAUUUACAUAACCAUGUUUUAACCUGUAGCCCUUUUCUUAGAUAUUUCAGAACCAUAAGUAAACCAUCCAUUAUCAACUUUGAGCUUCCAGAACCUAUUUAGGACCAUGUUUCACCCUUAGUAUUCCCUACCAAUUGGCACCUUCUUCAUAUAGUCAGUCUCUGAAUGUUUCAUUUUCCUUUCACAUCUAAGCUUCCAUAACAUAGUGCCACUCAUUUGCUUAGGGCUUGUAGGGCAUCUUGGAGAUUCCUGGUUUUCCAUAGUAAAACUUCCAUUCAAUAAUGUAAUUGUAUGACCAUAACUUUUCAUUACCUAUAUUUCAUUUUUCAUUUUAAUUUAUUUUAAUAUACAGUGGAACCUCUGUUACUGAAUGCCUCCCUUUUCAAACUUUUUUUUUUUUAACUCAUUAUUGCUUUGGUUGUUUGAACAAAAUUACUUGAUUUUGAAUAUUAAGACAUAGCAAAAGCUGCCAUUUAUUAUUAAUUUAUAGUUUCUAUAAAUAUCUACUUUGUUUUUUAUAUACUUGCAGGAGAGACAGAGUGUAAAACAGUAAUGCAAUCUUUGAAAUAAGGUAAAUGCAAUCCCACUGAAAACCCUCAAUGUAAACAAACAUUUUUUUGGCACUCAAGAGUAAUCCCAAGCCACCUGUGGCUCUCUCAAUGACCUCCAGUGCCAUCACUACUGCACAACUGCAUUUUUCCAGUAGCUUUUCCCAGAAACAAGAUGUCUAAGUGUCAUGAUCACCUUCAUUUUGGCAGUAAGUGGGUUGCUCCUCUCUGUGUCCUUCUGUAAGGCUUUCCUUACUAGAUUGCUGAUGAGCUCUUGUGUCACUAAGUUCAUUCAUUACAUCCUUUCUAGAUAAAUAAUUUGUGAGCCGGAGAUGUUGUGAAGUAGCCAUCUUGGCUGUGGAAGCUGCUAAGACAGUGUAGACUGGUGUCUGGGAACAAAUUAAUCCAUUUUACAUUGAUUCCUAUGGGGAAAAUAGUUUUGUUUUUUUAACAUUUUGGAUUUCAAACACCAUUCAAGAAAAAUUAAG